UUUACCACAAAACAAAAACAUUUACAUCUUCUUCAUGACUUAUCUGGGUCACGCUCCCAAAUUGACUCACUCACACGCUCUCCUCAACAGGAUGAAAAGAAGAAAAAGAAGAAAAUGAAAAUCAGCGAGACGGCAGAGCCGGUGAUUCUAGAAGAAGCAGGUCUGGAGGGACACGCUGAAUUAACUCUUGCUGGAGACGAGGAGAAGAAAAAGACGAAAGACAAAUUUCCCCAGGAUUCAACUGACAGUGAGAAUGAUAAAAAGAAGAAGAAAAAGAAAAAGAAGAACAAGAAGAAGAAAAAAAUGAAGAAGAAGAAGAGGAAGAAGAAGAGAAAGCAUUCCAGCUCAUCUUCCUCCUCUGAAAGCUCAUCUUCCUCAUCAGACAGUGAGGAUGAUCACAAGAAAAAGAAGAAGAAGAAGAAGAAGAAAAAGAAGACUAAAAAGAAGAUGAAGGAUUCAAGCAGUUCUUCCUCUGACAGCUCCAGUGAAGAUGAAGAGAAGACGAAAAAGAAGAAGAAGAAGAAGGACAAAAAGAAGAAAAAGAAGAAGAAGGAAUGUAGUUCGGACAGUGAGGAUGAGGAGAAGAAGAAGAAAAAACACAAGGAAAAGAAGGAUAAAGAUUCCAGCUCCUCUUCAUCAUCCGACAGUGAUGAUGACAUGAAGAAGAAGAAGAAAAAGAAGAAGAAGAAGAAAGUUUCAUCAUCGUCAUCAUCAGACAGCUCUUCUUCAUCCUCUGACAGUGAAGAUGACAAAAAGAAGAAGAAGAAGAAAAAGAAAAAGAAAAAGAAAGUGAAGGAUUCAUCUUCAUCUUCGAGUAGCUCUUCAUCAUCAUCUGACAGUGAGGAUGACAAAAAGAAGAAAAAGAAAAAGAAGAAGAAAAAGAAGAAGAAGAAGAAGAAAAAGAAAGUAAAGGAUUCAUCUUCAUCAUCAUCUGACAGUGAGGAUGACAAAAAGAAGAAAAAGAAGAAGAAGAAGAAGAAAAAGAAGAAGAAAGUGAAGGAAUCAUCUUCGUCAUCAAGUAGCUCCUCAUCCUCAUCUUCUGACAGUCAUGAUGAGAAGAAGAAGAAGAAGAAGAAGAAAAAGAAGAAACAUAAGAAAGGGAAAAAUAAGAUGAAAGCAAAAGCGGAUGAUAAGGAUGGAGAGAACACCUCGCCGAAGACUGAAGGAGAAUCUGGGGGUUUGGAGUCUCUCAGCACGACAGAUUACAGUCGUGAUUCUCAGGUUUCUCCAUCUCCGGUUGCCUCCAGCUUGCCUUCUGAUCAUCUGAGCGAAGCCUCACAGAAGAGCAGCAGCGCCACCCGCAGGCCUCUGACCGCCAUGGAGAGCCUGAUGGGACAUCCUCAGAGAAACACACUGGAGACCAGCAGAUACAACACACCUUAAGGGCCCUAGAAACGCUUACAAAAAAGUACCAUGACAGUACCAUGUUUUAUUGGACUUAUUCUGAUUAUGUAUUUUUGAAGGCCAACCCGUAUGUUAGCAUCACUCUGGUUCCUUUGACAAUGCCCAAUAGGAAUUUUCCAUUGGCUUUUGGAUUAUAGCAGAAAAUAAGCUCUGUGACCAACAAAAAUCUGUUUUCUGAUAGACUGUAUUGCCUUCAAACCCUUAAAACUUUAAGCUUUAAAACUAUUUUAAACUUCUAACUACUUCAAAUAAUUGAAAACCUUCAAACUUCAAGCUUUUAAAACUUUUUUAAACUUCCUGGUCAUGCUUUCUCAAGCCAAUGUUAAAGUUUGUCUUCAUGAACUUUUUUCAUAAUUUGAUGAGCUUCUUUGAUGAAUAUUCACAAAAUAUAAUAUAAUAUAAGAUAAUAUAAAAUUGCAGGUAUAAAUUAGCAUUUAUAUCUGCAAUUUUCGCUAUUACCUAAAUUAGAUAUUUCUUAAAAGCACUGAUUAUUUACUUGAAUAAGAAAAAAAAAAAUUACCAAUUGAUACCAUCACUGUGCCAUGGUACUACCACAGUACUUUUUUGUCAUGGUGUUAGGAAGAUGUUAAGACAUUAAUGCAUAUGAUCAGUUAAAAUUUGGGCUUUGAAAAUAUGUGAAAUUCUAUGUUUAGAAGUCAUUAAUUAUGUGGUUUUUAUGAGAUAGAUGCAGCACUUAAAUACAUCUGAUAUUUUAACCCAACAGCUGUAUCUUGCUUGCUUGCAAUUUAAAGUUACCAAAAAAAAAUAAUAACAUGCCAACAUUAAUUCUGAAUUAAGAGUCAAAGAACGAUUUGAUUGUGAAUGGUACUAUUUAAAUAUAUUAAAAGCUUGUAAACAAAAAUAUACAGUUCAUCUAAAAAUGGUGUUUUGUGUCAUUCUGUACAAUAAUAAUCUACCUGAGAGAGUUUGUGGAGCAGAAAAUUAAAUGAAAACCACACCUGGAUACUUUACAUCUCGGGCUGCUAGUAAGUUAACUGGUGUAACUUUACAAAAAGGUCUCAUUUGUUAACAUUAAUAAAUAUAUCAGCUAAA